AUGCGAGACGACGUUAAGGCUCUCAUGGCCCUUCUUGCUCGGCAACACAGAGAUAUAACAGUCCUGGUAGAGGAGAUCUGCGUACUCUCUCAAGUCGUCCAAGAAGCAAACGGGAUUCUCAGGAUCGGGGGGCAUUCACAGGAGUUUUUCGAAGAUGUCAUCACUCUCAGGGCGAGGUUCGGCGAUAUGCCUACGAGAAAAAACAAGAAUGACAGCACGGAUUGGUAG